UCUCUGCCGUCCCAUUCAGGGAUGCCCUCCUCGGACAAGAGCGAAAUGGGCAACGCGCCCGAUCAGUCGGUCAAGACGCCGGUAAAAAUUUUGCGCGAAACGCCAUUAAAGUACCAAUCGAAUGACCACAUAAACAAUCUACAAGAAGAAAAAGAAAAUUUCCUCAAGUUCGGUAAGGUGCCCCGCUUCACAUUUGCCGGAGCCGUGGACUGGCUGGGCAUAAACAAGAAGAAAGCUGAGAUUCGAUUCGAUUUUUUUCAAGAAGCGCGUUACAUUCUAGAACGCGUGCGAGAUGUUUAUGGCAGUGGGGAUGUGUUUCUGGACGCGGCAUUUGGAGAGAGGAUUUCGCUUGGUCAAGCAUCGCAGACAGUCUUACAGUAUUUAAAAUCGCAUGGUUUGGAUGGUUCGCUAAGCGUUUUCUGGACAAGCGAUCUCAACUGCAGUGGAAAGAUGUUAUGGCAGGGACCUAAUGUGCGAUACAACCGGCCGGAAGCACGGAAAUUCACUCUGUGGCUCAAGAAAAGCAAUGAAAAUGUGUACCUUCGAGAACAUGGGAUAAAAGGUUUGAUGGAUCAUGAAAUUGGGACGCAUUUCCUUCGUGCUACGAAUGAUGGUUUGCAGCCGUGGUUUUCCAACAGGAAAAAGUUUGAUUUGCGGACUCCCAGGUCUUACGCUGGCAGGGUAAAUGAAGAAGGACUGGCGGCUAUUAACACUGUUUAUCAAGCGCAAGUCAAGAUGCUGUUUCUACCGGCUCUACUGUACUAUACUGCGUGUAUGUCAAUUGAAAUGUCUUUCAAGGAACUGUUUGAGCAUCUGGCAAUAUACAUUUACGAUCCAGAGCAGCGAUGGAAGCAGGUGGUACGAGCCAAGCGCUGCUUGUCAGACUGUAGCGAUAUAGGGGGCUGUGGAUACGAUCAGUGCUAUUUCGAAGGAGCUGUCAUGAUUCUGCGUCAAGUCAACGAGAUCGAUUUCAAGCUCCUUUACGCGGGAAAAAUCUGUUGCGAUGAACUCAGAAGAAUCAGGCGCAUCGCGCGCCAGGACUGCGUGAAAUUACCUCACUUCCUUAGGGACAUAGUGUCUUACAAGAAAACCCUGAACGAAAUUGCUUUAACGAAUGGACUCAUACAGAAAAUAACUAGACCUUUAUCUUCGUGUCGAAAUGCCGCCAGGCCAAAAGACCGGAAAAGGAAACCAUUCUCUUCGCCGAAAGAUCGAAGUUCAUGUUGUCCUUCAAGAUCACGGAGCGGUCUGUCUUUUUCAACAGCGCGUCCAAGGAUUUUAUCCCGGCGAUCCAGCACCUACAGACGUCUGUGUACGAGUGCUGCGUCCUUCGCUCCGUUGUCGUAGCAACGUAACUUAGUGUCUGUAGGGUUUUUUGGAUGUGCUGUCUUCGAUCCAAGUGCAUUGAAAGUACACGUGUGAGUGUGAUAAGAACUGACGAAAAAAAUAAUAAAGUGAGUGUGAUAAGAACUGACGCAGAAAAUAUAAUAAGUGUGGUGCGAACUGACGAAAUAAUAAGGGAUUUUGGUUUAUACGUCAGUACAGUUUAUUAAGCAGGAUUUUGUCUGAGAAUAAAAUUUUAUUGCUGAUGGUUU